AUGACUCUGUGGUCAGAUUUUCACCCCUGUUCCACCAACAUGAAGACAAAACAUAGGCCUACCUAACCAACUCAAUGUAAUAACCAUUCUAUAUAAACUACAAAUAUAUUACUCAUCAUUUUCAUCUCUUCACCAUCUCAAAAAAAUUAAAUCUUUCUCCAUUCCUCUUCAUUUCUUGAUUCUUUCAAAUCUUAAAAACCUAAAUUUUAAUGUAAAUUUAUCCAAGAAACCACUUUUCUUGAAGAAUUUUCACUUUUAAUUUUUAUUUGAAUUAUAGUUGCAGAAACUUCAACAAUGGCAGAAAAUAAUAAAUACAGAAGACCCAAGAAGCAGCCCAUGUUAGAUACAGAUCCAAGCACCUUAAAAAUCCCAUCAACCAAGAAAAAGAAUUUUACUUCAGCAACAUUCAGAGGCUUAGGCUGUGCUGUAUCACCUCAAGUAGCAGUGCCAGCAGUGAUCAAAACCUCAGCAAGCUGGGAUGCAAAGAAAGUGAAAAAGAAGAAGCAGAGGAGUCUGCAGCAGAAGAGAAGUAAAGGGCCUUUCCAAGGUGUUGCAAUGGCUCAUGGAAACUCAUUGGCAGCUUCAUCAACUUGUGUGGUUGAUCCUGAUGUUUGGUGUGGCCCUGGGAUUGGGUUUGGUGCUGAUGCUGCUGCUUCUGUUGACUGUGUUGUGUCUAGAAGGCCUGCUUCUGGGAGAGGGAAAGUUGAUGGUGUAAGGAUGAAUCAGAGAGAGCGAUCGUCUUUUGGUGGGAGAAGAAGGGUAAAUCAUGAAGCUAUUUCCUUUUUCGAUGCUGAUCUUGAUCAGGGCAUGUCACGACCUCGUUUAAGUGUAUUUAGUUCCCGUCCUCAGCGCCAUGUUCGACAUCCUUCUCCAGAAGGGCUUGCAGAGAUAGUUAUGCUUCAAAGUAGUUUGCUGAUGGGAGGAAGGCCUAGUAGACUUGACCGAUACAGGGACUUGAGACUUGAUGUCGAUAGCAUGUCAUACGAGGAAUUGCUCGACCUUGGUGAUAGAAUCGGGUAUGUUAGUACUGGAUUAAGAGAAGAUGAGAUUGUUCGGUCUCUCAGGAAAACUAAGCUAUCGCCUGUAGAUGAGUUGUCCUCUGAUAUCUCCACAGACCGGAAGUGCAGUAUCUGUCAGGAGGAAUACACAGCAGAAGAUGAAAUGGGAAAGCUGGACUGCAGACACUCAUUUCACAUACAGUGCAUAAAGAGUUGGCUUGCAAAGAAAAAUGCUUGCCCCAUCUGUAAAACUGCAAUUGCAUCUCAACAAUAGACUACACAUAACUCAUUACAUUCUACAGCUGCUCUGGUGUUCUGCAAAUUGUUGCUUACCAUAUAUGUUUGAUUGUUUCACUUAUAUUUCAUAUUACAGGCCGAAAAAAAUAUCGUUAUUGUGUUGUUUGAACGUCUGUAGCGUUUCUUUCAGUGAUUGACAGACCACAGUUCUUGAAAUUUGAAUGAAUGUUCUUGGACUUGGUUAGAAUUA